AUGUAUGGGGAGCUGGCGACGGUCGAGCACUACAAUUCAGAACACCAAUAUGAGCACACGCGUCACCAGAGCCGAGGCACGCAGGAGGAUGGCGGCCCUCCAGGAACCUCGCCCGGGGCAAGGAUGGUCGGAGGACCCGGCCUACCCGAGCUCCGCGGCGGGCCCUGGAGCGGACCCGAGACGAGGACUCCGCACCAGAACCCGCGAGGUACCACCCAUCCCCGCUACGAGGGGGAGUGGCUCACAGACGACGCUCGAGACGGCGACAGAGGAGCACCGUUGGCCACGCCGCCGUGGAGGCCGGCCCGGCCACCCACGCCGCGAUACAUGGAGCCACAACGACCGGAGGAGCAGACGCCAAGCGAGGAGUCGACCGGCGCAGCCGAUGCCACAACCGCAGGAGGAGGAAGUCCACCAGGCACGGGCGGAGGAGCCGUCGGUGGUGCGGACGGAGGUGCCGGCCGCGCACGUGAGCCACAGCACACGGUGAUAUGGACGUGA